UUCCAUGGACAUUUUGUCCAUUCUCUUAAUAUUUUGUGUUUUGAAAGAACAACAAUCUCUCUUCUCUUUCACUCUCUAUUUAUUCUUUGCAUACCUCUACUUGUAUAUUUUCUUCUAUUUUCUCUUUUUAUAUGCGCAUUCUCUCUAUUCUUUGGUGGUCGUUUGUUGGCUUUUCGCCAAAUAACCAUUUCUCGUGACUUAAACUCCCCCAUCUUCUUCUCUAUUUUUCUCCUUUCCUUUCACAGUCACUAAUCUUUAGUUUAACCUCGUUUCUCCGCCAUUGGUCAUUCACACUAAAAAUAUGUUCCAAAAGAAUAAAUUUCGUUUUAUUUUCUUUCCGGUCAUUUUCGUUACCAAACAGAGAUCUCUUAAUUUUCUAACGAUAAAUGUUCUAAAACUAUUUUUUAACCUUGAAGAUUUUUCUAUCCCUUUUCUUGAUAUUUCUUUUCAUAAUCACACUAGUCACUCAUGAGAUCAACGCGGCCAAAAUGGUUUUAAAUGUCGAUUU